AUCCACAACUUUGCUUAUAUAAGCAACAGAGAAACGGGGCAGAGGCACUGAAAUUGUAUAAUAUAGUAUGGAGCAUGUUGUUCAGCAACCUUCAGAUGUGUGUGACCUAAUGCCUUGUAAAUUGGACUGGUCUCAACUGAAGUCCAAUGUCUGGGCAUUUUGGAGCAGAAAACAGAAGGACGAGUUGGAAUACCAGCGAUCCAUUAAAUCCAUCUUUUCUUAUUCUGUUGUUUCCAUCUUUCUAACUGAGAAAUGGAGGAUCCAAUCUGUUAUGGAGAAAAUGUUGAGUCCAAAUAUUUCUCUUCUUCAAUACUGGGCACCCAUCAAGGUCAAUGGAUCGAUUUUCCUGUCCACCGCGGAUCAACCAUUUGCUUUCUAUAACGAACUUGAUAAGAGGCUCUCUUCCUACAGGAAGAUCUGUCUAGAUACUUCGAUUCCCAUGGACAACUACAGCUACAAGGAAAGCCCCCCUGGACGAGUUUUCUCAAGACGCUUGCCAGAAUAUAAUCCCGAUGUCCCAAGCUACUCCUCUGCAGAGUUUCCACUGCUUCAAACUGCAAUUCGCUUGGGCAUUCAUUCUUAUUAUGCAUUUCCAGUUUCCAACCUCCAUGAUCAGCAGUGCCUUGGUGUAUUUGAGAUUGUAUCAACACAACCAUCUCUCCAUCUUCCCAAUCUUAUUAAGUGGUUGAAUUUCGAAUCAGUUGGGUUGUACAUUCCUAACUCAUUGGACAUACUUUUUGGACCUUCAAAGCCGCUGGAUCAUGAAAGACUUGACGAUAUAGAGGGCAGGUUAUAUGAGAUCCUUGAAAGACAUAGUUUACCCUUUGCUCAAAUUUGGAUUCCUUUUUCUCUACCUAGCUCUUUAGAAGUCUUGUAUCGUGUUGGUGGCUCAAUCAAUGAAUGUCCGAAACCAAUGUAUUAUGAGUUCGAAUAUUCAUCUGAGGUCUGUUUUAUUGAGAGUGGCAAGGCAUUGGUUGGGAGGGCAUUUGCAUCCCAAGGUUCAUGCUUUUGCAAAGAUGUUACUCUAUUAAGCAUCAAUGAGUACCCUGUGUUGCCUAGUGCACGAAAAGCUAGAUUCACUCAGAGUUUUGCUAUUUGCUUGCAAAGUAAAUGUGCCAACAAUAUUGUUUGCGUAGUUGAGCACUUUCUGUCACCCAACGAAAUGGUUGUUAGGGAUACAAAGACUUACUUAAACAUGAUUUUAUCCACAAUGAAAGAACAACUUCCAGGUUUCAUGGUUGCUUCUGGGAAAGAACUGGGGCAGAGGAUGCUCGUUGAAGUUGUUACUGUUUCCCAGAGUGAUGAGCUUGACUCCUUUGAAAUUGGCCAACAUCUGCCGAAUGUUCAAUCACUUCAGGGUGGAGGAGAAACAACAGAAAUUGGCCAACCUCUGCCGAGUGUUCAAUCACUUCAGGAUGUAGGUGAAACAAUAGAAAUUGAUUCUUUCUGUCAACAGUCAAAUUUACAGAAGAAGUUUAAUGUUGCUGCUGCACUACUGGUUCCUUCUUGUUCAUCAGACAAGUGUGACUCACUCAACUGUGAAGGGACAGUGGAAGUUGAUCCGUCACUGCCUCAUCCAAUAGAGGAAGCUGUGACAAACAGAGGAACAGUUAACGUGGAUGUAGCACAUGAUGACCACAUUGAGGCUACAAGUGAUAUAAUGCAACUUGAUUCACACUUUGAGCAACCAAAUUUAGAAACUAAUUCUGCAUGAAAUGCAACAACUAACAACGAGAUAAUUCAUUUGCAUAAUAAAAACGCAAUACAAAGAAUAGAAAAAGAUCAUGGGAUUACUCGCAAGAUUCUGGAGCAGCACUAUGGCAUGACUCUUGAAGAUGCUGCAAAAGAUCUACAUGUUAGUCGAGCAACACUGAAACGAAUACGUAAAGUAUAUGGAAUCACUAGAUGGCCACAUCAUAAGACUAGAAAGAUUAAUGUCCAUGUUAGUCAAGGCAUAUCUUUUCAAGGUGCUGAACCAUAUGUGGUCGAUCAACAAUGUGUUGCUCUUUCCCAAGAAAAAGGCACAGAUUAUUUGGGUAACAAGAGAUCUCCUGCAACAGGAGUAUCUUGUGAUAGUGGGAUGACUUUAAAGGUUACAUAUAGAGGUGAUAUCAUAAAGUUUCAACUCUCCCUUUCAUCAACGAGGGUAGAAUUGGAGGGGGAAGUGGAAAAGAGGCUUAACAUAUCACUUCAAAGGUUUUCAAUCAAGUAUCGAGAUGAAGACAACGAAUGGAUUUUGAUAACUACUGAUUCAAAUUUGAGGGAUGGGAUGCAUUCACUAAGGUUGUUGGGAAGGACUACUAUGAGAUUACGGGUUACCCCAAAAGCUGCCACAUGAAAUUUCUGCAAGUUUUGUUAUGGUUCAUCUUCACUGCCAAACGUUAGUGAUGUUAUGUUUUAGUGACAUGGUGUUUGUCUCUUCACUGCUGUGUUGUGGCAUGUCUUUGUGCUCAGUGAACAAAGGUGAUUAAUGCUGUUAUGAAUGGGGAACUGUCAAAUUACGGAAGAUGCUUAUAUAUAGAAGAGGAAAACAAUCAUAGGGCUUAUGCUAAGAGUUGUGUCAUUUUCUUUUCAUUAACUAUUUUGUAACUCCCUUUUCUAUUCUCCAUUUGUUGUUUGAUUACAUGAACAAUCAGUUUGUAAGUUCCUUUGAUGAUCAAUAGACAUUUGCUUAAUUUGUUACAUUA